GAUCUUUGUACAAAAUAAAGCGACUUAAACAUUUUCCCUCUGAUUUUACCCUCUUUUUUCUUCUUUUUGUUAUGUAUAUGUCAACAAAAGAAAAGGUUGAGUGAUAAGAAGAAAAUCAAAGGAGAAAUGGAGAUGGAGGUUCCCAUAUGGAAUUCUCAAAACUCUAGAUCUUGCGUUGUGCUCGGAGGUCAGGGCUUUGUAGGAAGAUCUCUCGUCUUAAGACUUCUCAAGGUUGGAAAUUGGAUUGUUCGAAUAGCGGAUUACGCACAAUCGUUUCAUCUUGAUCCCGUGGAUCGUAAUGACUCUCUCAUUUGUGAUGCCAUCUCGUCCGGUCGUGCUUCUUAUCACCACAUUGAUGUUCGUGAUACUUCUCUCAUUUGUAAAGUAAUCAAUGGCUCUUCUACUGUAUUUUACUUAGAAAGAAGUGACAUACAACAAUGUGAUGUUUCUCUAUGUCACGCAAUCAUAGUACAAGGUGCAAGAAAUGUAACCAAGGCAUGUAGAGAGUGUAAAGUCAGGAAACUUGUCUACAAUAGCACUGCAGAUGUGGUAUUUGAUGGCUCCCAUGAUAUAGUCAAUGUAGAUGAGUCAUUCUUAUGCCAUGGCAAAGUUGAAGAUGCACUAAGUGACUUCAAGGCUCAAGCAGAAGCUAUCGUCCUUUCAGCUAACAAUAUUGAUGGUGUUUUGACGUGCGCUCUUCGCCCUAGUAAUAUCUUUGGUCCACGUGAUACAAAUCUUGUGUGGUUUUGGACACGUUUAGCUAAAUACGGAUUAACAAAGAUUAUUGCAGGAAGUGGUGACAAAAUAUCUGAUUUCACUUAUGUUGAAAAUGUUGCUCAUGCCAACAUAUGUGCAUCAGAAGCUUUAGAAACUCAAAGAAUUUUUGUGGGAGGAAAGGCAUUCUUUAUCACCAAUGAAGAACCCAUACAAUUUUGGGAAUUUGUUUCUAUGAUAUUAGAUGGCCUACGUUGUCCAAGACCUUUAAUAAAGCUUCCUGUCAAAGUGGCACAAUAUUUUCUCGCAACAAUAAAAUGGAUAUCCAUUAAACUUGAAUUCAAAAAAUUCAACCAUUUGCAAUUAUCUCGAGUUUUCAAUCUAUCCAUACACAACCGAACGUUUAAAUGCACUGCUGCGCGAGAUCAUAUUGGAUAUUCUCCCAUUGUCACGUUGGAUGAAGGGAUUUCAUUAACCAUUAACUCAUUGACACACUUGGAAUUGGAGUCAUAUCUCACGCGAUGUGGCAAUGAAAAAAGGCAUUCAAAAGCUCAUAAGCUACUCGGCAGUGGAAAAGUGGCCAAAAUUCUGCUAUGGAGAGACAUGAAGGUAACCUUAACCUGGUUGCUCGUCAUUGCAUUCCUCUUUUACUGGUUCCUGCUCUCCGAAAGAACAUUAAUCUCGUCUCUCGCCAAACUCCUGCAAUUGGUCACAGUUAUCCUCUACUUUUGUUUCAUGGCCCCAAUCAAAAUGUGCCUAUUCACUAAGAAAGAUCAGCCUGCAUCUUGGUUUCAAAAUUCAGAGUCAAUGGCUAAAGAUUUAGUAACAUUUAUGACCUACAUAUGGAAUCGAGGAGUUUUAAGCACGAAGUUAUUGGCUCAAGGUCGUGAUUGGAGUAGAUGUUCAAAGAUUUUACUUUCAGUGUAUUUGGGGAAGAUACUUAUGAUGCGAUCGGUGACUGGGACACUAGGUGUAGCUAUGAUUAUUGCCUUCACAAUAUUCUAUGUUUACGAGCAAUAUGAAUUGCAAAUUGAUGCACUUUCCCGAGUAUUACAUCGAAGAGUCAAAAAGUUGAUGAUCAUAGAGAAUCAAAAUUGUCCUAACACGAGUAAGACCAGAUGAGGCACUGUAAUCCAAGGACGACAAGGAUUGGUGAUUUUGUCUUGUAUAUUUUUCUAUAUCAUCCUCCUAUAUUUGUACUUAGCAAUAUAUUUCGACUUAGUUUUUGGUACUUGUGUAUUGGCACAAUAGAUUAUGGUACACAACAUAUUUGGAGUUGGUUAAUGAUACUUGUAUAUGGCUAUCAUUUAUGUUAAAAUGGAUGAUGAUGUUCAUGUGACAGACUAAUGAUCGAUGAAUAAUGUAGGUUCACCUCAUCUAUCCAAUCAUCAAGCAUAAUGGGUUGUCAAAUCCCAAACCAAGGAAAUCUUUUAUAAGAGUAGACCUAGGUUCUUUUUAAUCCAUAUUUUUAACCUAACUAGACUUGUACCAUUAUUAUGAAUGAUCACCUUUUGAAAAAGAAAAAAACAAGUUGGUUGUAUACAAUUAUGAGAGGAGGCUUUAGUUUAAGUUAGAGAUAAGGGAUUCCAUAUAGUGAAAAGGGAUCCAUCUACUAAAGAAAAUUAGUUUUUAGUUAUAUUCUUCAUCCAAAUAAUAAGUAAACCCUCAAUUCUAUAUGAUCUAUGAACUUUGUGAAUUGUGUGGUUAAAGGAAUUUCAAUUACAUAACAUUAGCAUUUGGGGAAGCACAAAUCAAGGUUCUCGACAUGGAGACGAACUUCGUAUUACAAAUUAAGAGGUUGAAUGAAAUGAGGUUAUUAUGAGCACGUACAGAGAGAAGGUGGUAGUGGUAUGGGUUAAGAUUAGGCGCAGGAAAUAACGAGUUGAAUGGUCUUAAUGAUAUGGAAAAUCACAUGAUUAAAAAAAAAGAAUCCUUAAUAAUCUGGCUCAUAUUGC